AUGCGACCGCCACCAGCACCACCACUCCCGCCGCCACCAGCACCGGCGCCCAACCCCCCCUCUCCCUCAAACCAUCUUCCUUUUUCUCUCCAAGUAGCCAGGUCCCGCAACCGGCGCAAGCUGGUAGUCGAGGGCGGAGUCGCCAAAGCCAAAACCGCCGGCCAGCGCAAGUUCAAAGCCAAAGCGGCUGCCUGGCGUUCUCUUCUCGCCAGCGAGGUCGAAGCUCGGGCCUCCACCUACCUGCCACUCAUCCAGACCGCGACCCCCGAAUCCACCAGGCAACUGGAGGAGCUCUUCGCGGCGUUCUUCGCGGCGAACUCCCACCACCUCACCCCACCCCUCGACGCCCUCUCCUUCGCUUUCCGCGUCCUUAAAGAAAGCAAGAACGACCUCCCUCCAGCGUUUUCGCUGGCUUUCGAAGCCCGGCACUCCAACCAGCUAGCGAGGCGGAAUUCCAAGAAAACGAUGGGCAGGGACCACGUUUUCCUUUACAAAAGCCCCGCUCGCCUCGACCACUUCCGACUCACCGUGUCCACCUUCUACCUCCGCCGCCUCCCUAAAGGUCAAGAAUAUCCACCGAAGGGGUGCUUCGUUGCGGAAGGAGUAUCAACCCAAACCAGCUGGGCUACGUAUAUCAAGAACAUCGAGAAGCCCGACAAGCGCUCGAAACGAAAGCCCGUCCACCUGCUCGGCAAACUUCAAAUCAAGCUAGAGAUUCCGGCUGGCGUUAGCUGCAUUGUCCGCGACGAAGAAACGGGGGAGGUUGUGUUCUCUGUCGUUCGGAACCUCUCUGGACUCCCCUCGAUGCUCACGUUUGCUAAGGAGGUCGUCGAGCAGGCAGUCUCUGAGCGCAGAAGCAUUCGGCUUGAAGACGCUGGAUCCCUCGUUAUGUUUGGCUACUCGGCGGGGUCGAGGAGAAAGCCGGCGUUCGCGUGGGUCAAAAACCUCUUGUGCAAGCGCACCGACACCACCGAAUUUAACCGCAAGGCCUCCACUAUCCUCGGCUACGCCUGGCUCAGGAUGAGAGCUUUCCACCCAGACCCAGUCAUCAAGGACUUCGUCCGGUUCUUCAACCGCUACAACAUCCCUCGCCUCGAUCCCAACUGGCCAGCGUCUGCAAGCGAUCGUGGACCCAUCUUCCUCCCUCCUGGGUGCGGUGGCUUCGUUUACGAAGACGCUGAGAGUGCCCCCGGUUGUGCUGUGUUUGCUGAGCGCUACGCUCGAGCCGUCCACCGCGAAACACAGCCCCACGAGUGGGCUCUCUCGUGGACGACUCUCCGGACAGGAAGCGACCUGCGGGGCGGUAAUUUCGUUGUCUCUUCCUACGGGCUCUUCGUCCACGCCUCUGAGGAUUCGUCUAUGGCUUGGAAGCCCGCCGACUGGCACACUACCACCCUUGGCACGUUCGAACCGACUUUCGACAUCCCUGGCCACGAGGACGAGACAUUCAACCAGCAAGGUAUUUCGUUCGUCACUUCGCCUCGAGUUAAGACCACCUACCUGAAGUGGAAGGCCGCGAGUGGGUGCACUGGGUUUGAGCGCGUUCAAGCUGCUAUUCGCGAACUGGAGGACGAAGCUGGGGCUGUUGGGGAGAUUUACGAGUAG